UUUUCUUUUUUUCUUCAUCUUUCUCUCAUUCUCCUCUCAUCGUCAAACACUUCUUUACAUCCAUAAAAACCUCCACAGAAUCUCAGCAAUGGACUCAAUCAAGAAGGCUGCAACAGAUUUCAUCCUCACUCCAGAGUACCAUGACCUGCUUUCCAUUGUUAAGGGAUUCAGGAACGGUCUUGUCUAUGGUGCAAAGAUCCGCUUUCCUCAUGCACUCGUCAUGACUUUGCUCUUCCGUCGAAGCAAUUUCAAAGAUAUGGCAACGUUUGUGCUCAAGGCAACUAAACAACAUGCUCGGAAUUUGGCCUUCUUCUGUACCAUCUACAAGACACUUUUGAUCUUGCAAAGAAGGAUGCAUGGCAAGGAAAGGCCCUUCGACUCGUUCUUUGCAGGUCUUGUUGGUGGAUACUUUGUCUUUGGAGAGAAUAACAACGUCAAUCAGCAGAUUGUCCUCUACUUGUUCUCGCGUAUCAUGAUGGGUCUAGCCAAGCUACCGGUCAAGAAGAAUGUCAUUGCGGAGCCAGCACAGACAUUCCCAAUCUUUACUUCAUUGAUUUGGGCUAUUGUCAUGUACCUCUUCCGGAAUGAGCGGGAUGUGCUCCAGCCUUCACUGCAGGCAUCAAUGCAGUAUAUCUACCUCGAUUCAAAUCACUGGAACACUCUCAGGAACUUUUUGUGGCACAACAAGUAAAAAACGACAUCGUAACC